AUGCCAAUUAGUAGCAGCGCUGCUACUUUGGAAAAGAAAAAGCAGUUCAAACUACACUGUCAUGCGAAAAGCAUAGAUCAAAAUGACCGGCAAUCAGGGAAGAACCUUUUAAAAAUAGCCUCGGCUUUGCCCGCCAAAGACAAGCGUUGUUUGUUCAUCAGGUCGCACAGUACACUAAAUGCAUCUGCAAUAACAAAAGUACAACACAAUGUGCCUGCUUUCAGCGAUUCAGUCACUGUUCGAACUCAUUCUGAUGGAUCCUUACAUGUAUCACGGCUACAAGAGGAGAAAGAAACACAACCAGACAGGAUAAGUUUAGACAGAAAAGGACUAGUUGCUGUUCCUGUAAUUGAUGGAGAACAUAAACUCAGAUUGUUAUCUUUGCAACAUAAUUUAGUUAGUAAUCUAGAAUCUUUAGGGAAGCAGUCUUUCCCCACUCUGGUAUUCUUAGAUUUGUAUGAUAACCAAUUAGAGAAGAUUCAUUGUUUGGGUAAAUUGGAAAAUCUAAGGGUACUACUCCUGGGAAAGAACAGAAUUAAACAAAUUGAGGGUUUGAAGACACUUCCAAAACUUGAGGUUCUUGAUCUCCAUGGGAAUCAGAUAUCUCAAGUGGAUGGGCUCAAUAGUUCUACAGAACUGAAAGUCCUCAAUUUGGCUGGGAAUCAGUUGAAGGUUGUUAACAAUCAAGAUUUUCAAGGUCUUCAUUCCCUUCAAGAAUUGAAUUUAAGAAGAAAUAAACUGAAGAAAUUGCUGGGAUUUGCAGAAGUUCCAAACUUAGUGAAGCUGUUUGUCAGCAAUAAUGAUAUUCACUGGUAA